UUUUAUGGUCGAUAGAGUGGGGGGCAAUUGGCGAUUCUGAUUGGUGCUAUGGUGCAAUGACAAGUGUCAGAUGGUGUUUAUUUUGACGAAGAGAGGAUGGAAUUAUAAUAUUGGAUUCAUGGGGUUCAAUGAUUUUUCAAAAUGUACACAUUGUUAAAUGGAUUAUAUAAGUAUCUGGUGCAAAAGGACGAGUACUUCGUGUUGAUUCUAGGACUCGAUAAUGCCGGCAAAACGACGUAUUUGGAGGCUGCUAAAACAAAAUUCACGAAGAAUUAUAAGGGGAUGAAUCCCAGCAAAAUAACAACGACAGUUGGUCUCAAUAUUGGUAAAAUUGAUAUAGAUGGUGUGAGACUUAAUUUUUGGGAUUUGGGUGGUCAGGAGGAAUUGCAAUCACUCUGGGACAAGUAUUAUGCUGAAUCACAUGCAGUUAUCUACAUUGUAGAUUCGUCAGAUCGUGACCGGAUUCCAGAUUCCAAAGAGACAUUUGAUCGAGUGAUAUCUUCAGAACAUUUGACUGGCGUUCCCUUAUUAGUUCUGGCGAAUAAGCAGGAUAUUCUAGAUUCAAUGGGCAUUAGAGAAGUUAAGCCUAUAUUUAAUCGCAAUGCUCAUUUGAUUGGGAGGAGGGAUUGCAUGGUGAUGCCAGUUUCGGCAUUGAAAGGGGAUGGAGUUGACGAAGGGAUUCACUGGCUGGUGGACUGCGUAAAGCGUAACAGCGACGUUCGACCCCCGCGAAAUCAGGACGACAACGGUUUAUCAUAGCCUCCUUGCAGCUCCCGAACAACCCCCAUAAACUUUUCUUAUCGCCCCCGAAAAUUAAUAAAAAAUUCCAAAAGACUGUUGCACAUGAGUAAUAAAAUUUGAUUACAUUUA